AGAGCCCUGAGAAGAAGAGCGACAAAUGGAGCUAAUGGGAUCCACCUUGACGGCGGAGUACACCCGACCCAAAACCAGCCAAUACUUCCCAGCCAUCUCCAACAUGGUGUCCUCCUACCGGAGCAACCAGCCUGUGCUGGCCAUGAACCCCAGUGCCAACCAGCCCUGGAGGACUAACGCCUACUACCGCACAGGCAGCGCUGCCGCCAUCCCCUCCCUCUCCUCCAUCCAGAGGGAGAACCUAGGCUUCGACCUGGUCCGGGCCAAGACCAUGUUCUACCCGUCAAACCGGUCAGCCAUGAUCACCCGCUACACCCCAGACGACUGGUACAAGUCCAACCAGAGCAACUACCGUGAGUCGGAGUCGUCCAGGAACAGUGCGGAACGGCUGAGGAGGGAUACCAUCAGGUUGAUGCAGGAUAAAGAGCAGCUGACAAGGAGGACCCAGGAGACCACCAGUAAGAACAUCGGGGAACGCCUCAACGACAUCAGUUUCUGGAGGUCAGAGUUGAACCAUGAGAUAGACAACAUGGUGAGCGAGAUCAUGGCCCUCACUGAGGUGAAGAGAAGGCUGGAGAGAGCCCUACAGGAGACCGAGGGGCCUCUGCAGGUGUCCCAAGAAUGCCUGUAUCACAGAGAGAAGCGAAUGUCCAUUGAUCUGGUUCACGACAACGUGGAGAAAGAUCUCAUAAAGGAAGUGGAGACCAUUAAGUCAUGCCAGGAGAGGAUGAGGAGACAUCUAGACAAAGCCAUCGCUCAACUAGCGUCAAACCGUGCAGCUCAGCAUGAGCUGGAGAGAGACCUCAGUGACAAGGUGACAGCCCAGAGAAUAGACAAUAGGUGUCACCAUCUCAGGAAUGCGUCAGACGGGAUCAGCUACUACAGAGGGAUCGAGAGACUGGACCCCUCGCUCUCCCUGCCCGACUCGUGGUCAAAGUUCACGGAUGACAACAUCCUUCACACCCAGAGCGAGCGGGCGGCUUCCCACAAGCUGCGUGAUGUUAUUGAGAUCCUGCUGAACGUCACGUCCAAUGAGAUGUGGAAACAUUUCAACAUGGUCAACGUGGCCUUCACCAACCGCAUGUCAGAGACCGCCGACGCCAAGAACAGCCUGCAGACACACCUGGCUAAGACCCUCCAGGAAAUCUUCCAGACAGAGAUGCUGAUAGAGAGCCUGAAGAAGGCUCUGAGGGACAAGGAAUGCCCCCUGAAGGUGGCCCAGACCAGGCUGGACGAGAGGACACGCAGGCCCAACGUGGAGCUCUGCAGGGACAACCCACACCACAGACUGGUGGGAGAAGUGAGGGAGAUAGAGGACACCAUCCACAAGCUGCGUGAGAGAUUGAUGGAGGCGGAGAACACCCUGCAGAAGCUGGUGAAGACCAAGGCUGCCCUGGAGCAUGACCUAUCCAUCAAGGCUAACUCCUUGUUCCUGGAUCAGGAGAAGUGCAUGGGCAUAAGGAAGAGCUUCCCCAGCACCCCACGCCUGGUGGGAUACACCUAAAGCCAUCACAUACAGUGCAUUCGGAAAGUAUUCAGACCCCUUGACUUUUACAGCCUUAUUCUAAAAUGGAUUAAAUGUUUUUUCCCUCAUCAAUCUACACACAAUAUCCCAUAAUGACAAAGCAGAUUUUUAGAUUUUUUUUCUAAUUUAUCAAAAACAAAAACUGAAAUAUCACAUUUACAAAAGUAUUCAGACCCUUUACUUAGUACUUUGGCCGCGACUACAGCCUUGAAUCUUCUUGGGUAUGAUGCUACAAGCUUGGCACAGCUGUAUUCGGAGAGUUUCUCCUAUUCUUCUCAGCAGAUCAUCUCAAGCUCUGUCA